CAGCAGGCCGAACCCGGAAGCGGUUUAAGCUCUCUCCGGCUCCGUUUUCCAUACAGGGAAGUGGAGGAUUGUCGGCCUCCCGUCUGAUUGCAGCGGGAAGAUGCUGAACGUGCCUUCUCAGUCUUUUCCUGCCCCCGACUCACAGCAGCGGGUGGCCCUCGCGGGACGCAGCAAGGUACCUUUGAAAUCAGGUCGAAGUCUUAUGGACUGGAUACGGUUAACCAAAAGUGGAAAAGAUCUAACUGGUCUAAAAGGGAGAUUAUUAGAAGUUACUGAAGAAGAGCUUAUGAAACAUAAUAAAAGGGAUGACUGUUGGAUAUGUAUUAGAGGUUCAUCGCUGGGUCAAUUAUGAAUCAAUGCUGAAAGAAUGUCUGGUUGGAAGAAUAGCCCUGAAACCUGCAGCUUCUCUAAAAGAAAUUUGUCCCCCUGUAAUUGAAGAAAACAGGACCUUGAAUGGCAUACUUCCGAAAAAAAAAGAUUUGGAUGACUGUUCCAAAGAAAUUUUUCCCAGUUAUGACUGGUUCCAGACACAAGAUUCAGUCACUUUGGUAAUAUACACUAAACAAAAGGAUAUGAAUUCUGAAUUGGUGAUAGCAGAUGUUCAAGAAUAUACAUUAAGAGGAGAAAUAAUUGUGAAAGACUUCUCAUACCUUAUACAUGUCGAACUGAGUUAUGCAGUUUAUAAAGAUAUGAUAGUACAGAUUUCUGAAAAUGUGGGAAAAGUGGAAUUUGUUCUGAAGAAGAAAGAAAAUUUGUCCUGGAGAAAACUUGGGCAGCCUCUAGAGAAUCAUAAUUCUUUUGUCAAAUGUACAGAUAGAGGUUUGUAUUAUAGGAAAUGCAAGCUGUUGUCAAAGACAAACGUCAGUCAUGAUACUAGACUGUUCUGUGUAGAGUUACCGCCAGGAACACAUCUCCAAGUGCCAGUGGGACACCAUCUUUACCUCAAACAAACAAUUACAGGUACAGAGAUAGUCAAGCCUUACACACCAGUAUUAUCUUAUUUGGUAUCACCAUUCAAAAUCCCCUCUUCCAAUGAUAAGGCACAAAUAUUUUUUAUAAUUAAAAUUUAUCCUGAAGGACUUUUUACACCGGUGCUUGACACUUUACAAAUAGGAGACUAUAUUUCUCUGAGUAAUCCUGAAGGUACUUUUAGAAAAUCACAACUGGAAGAUGUAGAAGAUUUGCUUUUAUUGGCAGGAGGCACCGGAUUCACACCGAUGGUUAAACUGCUCAGCUAUGCCUUAAGUAAUAGUCCUACCCUCAGGGCAGUAAAAAUGAUGUUCUUCAACAAGACAGAAGACGAUAUACUUUGGAAAAGUCAGCUGGAGCAGUUAGCCCUUAAGGACACAAGGUUUGACAUUCAGUUUGUUCUCUCAGAGCCAAAGAAAGAAUGGCCAGGCAAACAGGGAAAAAUCUCCCUCUCUCUGCUUUCUGAAUUUGUGAAGAGAAGUCAACACGGGUCUAAAAUACUUAUAUGCAUUUGUGGUCCAUUACCAUUUAUGGAACAAGGAAUACAGUUUUUACAAACUCUUGGACACUCGGGUAAUGAUGUACAUUGUUUUACCGCAUAACAAAAAGAGAACAUUGGAACUCCUGUACAUAUAUUUCAUCAUCAUAUUUAUUACUUUCAUUUGAAGUUCAGCAGGAAAAUAUUAUGCAUGAAUAAUGUUCAUUUUAAUAUAAGUACUUGAAUUCUGUAUUCUCGGCCAAGAAAUAAUUUUAUAUUCUGCUUAUUUGUAAUUAUAUUUAUCUUUGCUACAAUGUGAACUGAAAUAUUUUAGAUAAAUUAGAUCAUUUUAUAUGCAUUGAGAAGAUAUGAACUCUAAUCUCCGUGAAGAAAGGUUUAGUAGCAUUCUUUUGCACUGAUAAGCAUCAGAUACCUUUUCUUACAUUAUAAUUUUGUUACUGUAAAAUAACUUAUUGGCAAUAUAUUAGAAAAGUACAUAUAAAGUGGUUAACUCAGGAAAACGAUUGGUUGCAAUAUAAUCAUAUUAAUAUAAAGUUCUAGUGUUAAAAAUGUUAGCUUUGUGUUCUAAUUCACAAUACAUGAAUUUUAUAUAAUGAAUUCCUUUUUUGUAUAAGACUAAUAAAGCAAGGAAAUGUUGCAUUAAAAGGAAAUAUUUGUAUUAUUUCAGUCUUCUGUAUUGACUUUAGGAGAUUAAGAAUUACUUGACAUCUCAUAUUCUGGAAGGAUUGCUUUCUGAAUAUAGGUACUCUUCAAACACAGUCUUCCAGAGAAAAAUUGAAGGUCUUAUUUUAAAAUACCCAAAGGAUGCUCGCUCUGGAAAUCUUGAUCAGGAAACUC